AUGGAUACUAAGAAGAGCUCGAUCCAAGUAGAGGUGAGAAUAAACCCAAGGCUGGACAAUGCAUUCGAAUGCGGAGCAAACACAUUGACUGCAGGAACAAAGACAUACACAUUUAACCGAAUACACCUCACAACAUCCCAAUCACAGAUAUAUAACAAAAGUGUCAGGCAUCUUACAGAAGCGUUUCUUGAGGGAUACAAUUGCACAGUAAUGGCAUAUGGGCAGACAGGCAGUGGCAAAACAUACACAAUGGGGAUAACACAUGAGGACAUGACAGGAGUUGUUCCUCAAGCUCUUAGGCACAUAUUUAAGAAAAGCUUGGAAAUUACCUGUACUUUUAUUGAGGUCUAUAAUGAAGAGGUAAUAGACUUAUUCAGUCAUCACAAGCGGCCUCUGAGUCUUAGGGAAGCAAAUGGAGAAGUGAUUGUUGCAGGGGUAAGCGAAAUAUGCCUGAGGUCGUAUGAAGACGGGAUAGAAGCAUUGAGCAAAGGAUCGCUUGAAAGAACAACGAAGUCGACGAAUAUGAAUUCGAAGUCGUCACGGAGCCAUGCAAUAUUUACGCUUUUUUACAAGUGCGAAGUGAACGGCUCAUUUGUAAUGUCGAAAUUUUCGUUUGUUGACUUGGCAGGAAGCGAGAGAUUGAAGCGAACGCUGUGUGCCGGAGACCGUGCGAAGGAGGGCAUAUCCAUAAAUUCUGGGCUUCUGGCACUGGGAAAUGUUAUUUCUGCAUUGUUCAAAAGAUCACCGCAUGUUCCGUUCAGGGAUUCGAAGCUUACAAGGAUUCUUCAAAGCUGCUUGAACGGAUAUGUCUUGAUGAUAGCAUGCGUAUCGUCCUCACAUGCAGAUAUGAACGAGACACACAAUACGCUGAAGUAUGCAAGCAGAGCAGCAUCUAUUGAAACGUCUGUGCGAAUGAACAUACAGGUUGAUGGGUCGAAGUUUGCGAUGCUGCUGCUGAAGAAGGAGAUUCAGAAGCUGAAGGUUGAGAAUCAGAUGUUGAAGGAUAGGAUAAAGAGAGACUCACAAGUGAAUGUGGAGGAAGUUAUUUGUGAGAAUCGGAUGCUGAAGUCGAAGAUAGAAUCGAUGGGUAGCGAGAAGGAUGAUAAAAGGGAGGAGCUUUCCCAGGAGAUUCUGAAGCAUCCUUUUGUGCAAAACUUGAUUGACGAGAAUCAGAGGCUUAAUGAGAUGGUUCAAAGCAUAUGUGUUUCGAGGUCAGAGGUACAGGUGUGUGCGACGAUAGCUGGUAUGGCCGACGGAAUGCAGGAGGCAUGCCGUAAAGCAAAGUUAGAUGAUGAAUCAGUCGAUUAUGAAAAUAAUAAUCGCAGAGAGGAAAGCAACGAGAGGAAUGCUUUGGAUAUGUGGAGUAUGCCCGAGUCUGUGGUUUUGGGCAUUGAAAAGACGCAGGGUACCGAUUCUGAAAAAACAGGUGUGCAACGUGAUGACAAGGAGAAUAAUUCCAGAAUAGACACUAUAAGGAAGCAUGUAGAUUCAUUGGAAAUAUCCAAUACAGCGGAUGCGGCAAAUAAGAUUGAAAUGAAGCAGAAUAUAGAAAAAGUACACAAGAGGGCAGUGACGUUUGAUUUAGAAAGAAAUACAAAGAAAUAUGCGUUAUUUACACCAAGAAAGGAAAAGAUUACGAUGAAAAUCACAAUUGAGAACACAAUUACGGGAUAUCUGCCAACAGUCUUAGCAUUCUAUGAUUCAUGUGUUGUAUUUUCAUCAAUAGACAACAAAGUAAGGCAAUGGGGCGAAAAGGUGUCAGUGUUGUUUGCUGAGGAGGGUAUAAGAUGCAUGGCCUCAGCAGAAACAUUGCUUUACACCACCCGAGGAAUGCUCAGAAGGUUUGAUCCAAGAUCUGGAACUCGGCCUGUUUAUGUGUUCCGGAGUGAGAUAUCUGCAGUUAUGUCUUCUGAGCAUUACAUGUUUACUGGACACGAGGAUGGGACGUUCUCUAUGCUUGACGAUAGAAACUCAAAAAUAGUUGUCUCGGAAAAGGCACAUUCAGGAACAAUUUUCAGUAUAGAAAAGAUUGGAGAGGAUAUAUACACUGCAUCUAGGGAUCACACGGUUAAAUGCUAUAGUGAUGGGUUUUUGACACUUUCGCCUCCGCAUUUAGAUUCUGUGCAAGGAUUGCUAAGCUAUAACGGAGACUUAGUCAGUUUUGGACGAGAUUGCUCAUUGAAGAGAUGGAGAAGUAGGUCGAUAGUCAAGACGGUUCCAUAUGCCCAUGACUCCUGGAUAAAGUGUGGAGUAGCAAUGAAAGAUUCAUUUGUGACUGGGUCGAAAGAUGGAUCUCUACGAUUCUGGGAUUUUUGUGACAAUUCUGUUUUUUGUGUUGGUAAGGUGAAGUUUGAAGGGUCGAUAAACUCUAUUGCGUUUGGAGAAGGAUCCAGUGUGUAUGUGGGAUGCCAAAACAAGGAAAUUAUGGCUAUAACAUGCAAAUAUGAUACCUAA